AUGGAAGGCGAUGUUGUCUUGCUUGGAUUAAUGGACUGGAAUGCCGGCGGUUCGACGGCUACACAGUUUAUACCAUUACCAACGACAACUGAAGUGUGUUAUGAAUUGUUGACAGGAGGGGCACCACCAACACAACCUCAUGCUGCUGGAUAUGACCAACAGAGAACACCCUAUUCGAAUGGUAUAUCAUCAUAUAAUCAAGCUCUUAGUGAUACAAAUUUGUACAUAAAAAAUUUGCCAGCAGAUUAUUCUGAUAAAGAUCUUGCUGCACUUGUUGAAGGUUGUGGCAAAAUUAAGUCAAUGAAAGCAAUAAUUGAUAAACAAACGAACAAAUGUAAAGGUUUUGGUUUUAUUGAUUUUGAAUCCCAUGAAGAUGCCCAAAAUGCAAUAGCUGAAUUACAAAAAAAAGGCUAUACAGCACAAUUAGCUAAAUCAUCACAACAGCAAGAACAAGAUGAAACAAAUUUAUAUUUUGCUAAUUUGGAUACAAAUAUGACUGAACAAGAUUUACGAAUAGAACUGAGUAAACACGGAAGUGUUGUUAGUGUACGAAUUUUACGUGAUCAACAAAAACAAUCACGUGGUGUUGGAUUUGCACGAAUGAGUGAUAGAAAACAAUGUCAAGACAUUAUUGAUCAAUUCCAUAAUAAAACUUUUCCAGGUUUUACUGAUAAACCAGUACAAGUUAAAUUUGCUGAUGCUAGUAAAAAUAAAAAAAUAUAUAAAUCAACUUUAGAUGAAAUGAAAGGUGGUCCUCCAAUAUAUUCACCAAUGGAUCAACAAGGAUCUUAUCCACAUCAAGCUCUUGUCUAUUCUCAAUGGGGAUCGGGCCCACCACAACAAAUUCAAGCACAACAGGCAGCUCCACAUCAAAUGUAUGGACAACCAGCUCCAUUACGACAAUCAUUAGCGGGUUUUAACCAUCUAAAUCCUUCCUAUAUGCCAUUACAACAUGAACUUGGUACUGCAUUUGUGUUACCACAACAAUUACAACAGUUACAAAUAGCAAAUGGUCAUCAUGCUGGAGGAUAUUGUGUUCUUAAUCCUUCACAUCCUACAAUUUUUAUGCAAGCUCAACAACAAUCACAACAACAACAACUACACGAUCAAUAA